AAUCACUCUUUUACAUUUCCUUCAUUGAAACAAGAAGGUAGUCAUGAUUUUCUUGGAUAGAAUCAUAAUAGGGCUCAAAUUAUCAACGUAAACGUAGCUUGUCGAUCGAUUGUAACGUACACAAAAGGUUGCACACAAUGAGCAAAGAGCAAAGCGGUGUUCUAAAGGCAUGGGAGGCCACCAUGCGCAAAACACAUGCCGCAAAGAAGCGUGCAAACAGCAUUUUCGGGACGAUAACGAUGGCCAACGCAGCGGACGAAGAUCUCGAGAACCAUGGCGUAUCCGGGGAGCCCUACUUAGUAGAGAAGAUUCUACCCAACGGAGAUUAUUAUACCGGGCAGUGGUUCGAUAAUGCCCCCGAGGGACAAGGGAAGUAUCUAUGGAUCGAUGGAUGCAUGUACUUAGGAGAGUGGCAUAAAGGCAAAACUACAGGGAAAGGAAGGUUUAGUUGGCCAUCUGGUGCUACUUAUGAAGGGGAGUUCAAAAAUGGAUAUAUUAACGGGAUUGGCAUAUAUACUGGACCUAGUGGGGAUACAUACAAGGGGCAAUGGGUUAUGAACUUCAAACAUGGUCAUGGCAUGAGGUUCUAUCCGAAUGGAGAUUGGUACGACGGCGAAUGGCGUCGAGGUUUGCAAGAAGGACUCGGGAAAUACCAAUGGCAAAACGAUAGCCAUUACAUAGGUGAGUGGAAGAAUGGUAUGAUUUGUGGCAAUGGCACAUUUGUGUGGGGCAAUGCGAACAAAUAUGAUGGCCAUUGGGAAGAGGGUUUGCCCAAGGGAAAUGGGUCUUAUUAUUGGCCUGAUGGAAGUUAUUACGUGGGGAAUUGGAGUAACGAUCCUGAAGAACACAAUGGGAUAUAUUACCCUUCGGAGUCAUCCCCGGCUGCAACUACCGACUGGGAUCCCCAGUCGGUGUAUGCCGAGUUGGCUGAUUGUAAAUUUUGUCCUAGAGAGAAUGUUUCGAUUAUGCCAUCCCAGAAAGUGUUGGCAUGGUAUACGGCGAAUACUGAUGACAAUCCGGUCGAUGGAAAGGCAAGCGUCGGCAUGGAAAGGCCAGAUAAAAUGCACAUGUGGGAGAGUGAUGAUGAUAGUAAUGAUUGUCCAGAACCCGGGAGAGAAUCGGAUUCUGAGAUCUCGUGUAUUCAACAUCAACAUGAUGAUACAAACCCUAAGUUUAACCCCGAUCUAUCAUUGAAAGUGCCCAAAAUGGGUAAAAAACCAGGAGAAACCAUAUCUAGAGGGCACAAGAACUAUGAACUUAUGCUCAACCUACAACUGGGAAUCAGGCAUUCAGUGGGAAGGCCUGCACCAGCAACAUCUCUUGAUCUAAAGGCUGCAGCAUUUGACCCCAAGGAGAAAAUUUGGACUAGGUUUCCUACAGAAGGCAGCAAGUACACUCCUCCACAUCAAUCUUGUGAAUUUAAAUGGAAGGAUUAUUGUCCAGUAGUUUUUAGGGCUUUGAGGAAGUUGUUCAAGGUAGACCCUGCAGAUUACAUGAUAUCAAUAUGUGGGAACGGUGCACUUAGAGAACUAUCUUCCCCUGGUAAAAGUGGUAGCUUUUUUUACUUGACAGAGGAUGAUCGAUACAUGAUCAAGACCAUGAAGAAGUCAGAAGCGAAAGUGUUUAUAAGGAUGCUUUUUGCAUAUUAUAACCAUGUUCGAAACUUUGAGAACACACUGGUUAUUAAAUAUUAUGGCUUGCAUUGCGUAAAAUUAACAGGGCCGACUCAAAGAAAGGUACGAUUCAUUAUUAUGGGAAACCUUUUACGCUCCGAGUACACAAUUCAUAGACGCUUUGAUUUGAAAGGAUCUUCUCUCGGACGCAUAACAGAUAAGCCAGAGUCUGAGAUCGACAGUACUACCAUUCUUAAGGACCUUGAUUUGAAUUUCAUUUUCAAACUAGAAAAAUCAUGGUUUGACGAGUUUUGCUGGCAAAUAGAUAGGGAUUGUGAGUUUCUUGAAACGGAGAGGACCAUGGACUAUAGUCUUCUGGUAGGCAUUCACUUUAAAGAAAUAUCAUCCAACGGAGAGUUAAUCCCUCGCGGAAGCCAAACUUCAUCUGGAAAUAAUGCGAAUGAAUCAACUUCACCCGAUACGGUGGAGCAUAUGCUAGACCCAAAGAGGUGGAGUGCCAUAAAGUUGGGUACAAACAUGCCAGCAAGAGUAGAAAGAACUAUAAGAAAACCAGAGUCUGUAUUUCAUCUUGUAGGAGAACAAACAGGAGAGUGCUACGAGGUGAUAAUGUUCUUCGGCAUCAUCGACAUACUUCAAGAUUAUGACAUUACCAAGAGACUCGAGCAUGCAUAUAAAUCCAUCCAGUACGACCCUACUUCCAUAUCAGCUGUGGAUCCAAAGCAGUACUCGAAGCGAUUCCGUGAUUUCAUAUUCAAAGUCUUUUGUGAAGAUAUUUAAAAACA